UCACUUCUUUACUCUAGCCCUCUUGCAACAUCCCGCCAGUUACGGCGCUCAGUUUCCUAGGAUACAUUUCUCGAAAACUUCAGUCUGAGGAACUGCAUGUUUACGAUUUGUGGAUUUCCACCAUAAUGUUGGGUACAGUGAAAAUGGAAGGUCACGAAACACCAGAUUGGAGCAGCUACUACAAUGACGCACAAGAGGUAUAUUCACCCAUGGCAAACAGCGGCAUGAAUGCAGGACUGAGUUCCAUGAAUAGUAUGAACAGUUACAUGAGUAUGUCUACCAGUGGAAAUAUGACCUCCGGUUCUUUCAACAUGUCCUACGCCAAUCCUGGCUUGGGAGCCGGACUAAGCCCCGGGACAAUGGCAGGCAUGCCUCCGAGCGCGUCCAGUGCUAUGAACGGAAUAGGUGGAGGGGUAUCGUCAAUGGGCACUGCCCUUAGCCCCUCGAACAUGGGCGCAAUGUCGGCUCAGCAAGCGUCCAUGAACGCUCUUAAUCCAUACGCAAGCAUGAGCCCUACCAUGAGCCCAAUGUCCUAUACUCAGCCCAACCUGAAUCGAGUAAGGGACAACAAGACGUUUAGGAGAAGCUACCCGCACGCAAAGCCUCCAUAUUCGUACAUUUCUCUCAUAACUAUGGCCAUUCAGCAAGCACCAAGCAAGAUGCUCACGCUUAGUGAAAUCUACCAGUGGAUAAUGGAUUUAUUUCCAUAUUACAGACAGAACCAACAGAGGUGGCAGAACUCUAUUCGUCAUUCCCUCUCUUUUAAUGAUUGCUUCAUUAAAGUAUCUAGAUCACCGGAUAAGCCAGGCAAAGGCUCAUAUUGGGCCCUGCACCCAGAUUCUGGAAAUAUGUUCGAGAACGGUUGCUACCUCCGCCGGCAAAAGCGCUUUAAAUGCGAAAACAGAAAGAUGUCGUCAAGUAAAGGAGACGGAAGGAAAGAUCUGUCCGGUUCUGGGUCACCUUCAAGCGAGAACGCCAACAGCAAGACUGGACAUGUGGACUCAAACUCCCUAUCCACCUCUAACCAGUCCUCCAGUCCUCACAGCAUGGACCACAGGAGCAGUGGCACUGCAGCUGAACUCAAAAGCAGCGGGCCACCUCUCCACCCGGUGGCCAGCUCGGCCACGUCCCUGUCCUCUCUCCCUUUACCUCUGCACUCAAUGGCGCACGAGUCCCAUCUGCACCUUAAAGAGGAUCCCCAUUACUCUUUCAACCACCCGUUUUCAAUAAAUAAUUUAAUGUCAUCUUCCGAGCAACAGCACAAACUGGACUUGAAAGCCUACGAGCAAGCUUUGCAAUACUCCUGCUAUGGUUCAGGUAUGUCUUCCAGUCUACCCCUUGGCAGCGCGUCCAUGGCUGGCAGAGCUAUGGACCCAUCCACAAUAGAUGCGUCGUACUAUCAAGGUGUGUAUUCCAGACCAGUCCUCAACACUUCUUAGUAUCUUCAAAUUUUUAUAGUGCUCCACAGAAGGACGACAGAAAACAUUUAUCUUAUUUUUGCAUGCACCUGGUGCAUAAGGACUGUUCUUUAAUGUAUAAGAAUGAGUAUGAGUAAAAUACAAUAGGUCUAUACUAUAAAGUGUUACCAUUGAAUGAUUGUAUAUCCAGUUGUAAAUCAUUACUAGUGUAUUUAAAACAGUUGUGAGCUUGUAGAAUAUUGUUGUAUUCCCCGGACUUGUAGUCUCACAAUGAAAAUGUCCAUGUGUUACUAUGUGCAUGAAUGAAGGUCAACAAGGUCUCUUGGAACGCGUGACACAGGCGAAGCUCAAAACACUUGUUUGUUCCAGAUAUAGCCUACAUUUUUAAUGGAUGUUGUCAUUUUAUGCAUUGCUUUGAUUUUAUUUGCUAAAUAUCUGACAAACAUAUUUCCAACUCAAUCCAAUCUUGUAUUACAAUUUUAAAUUCCAUGUGGAAAUGCAUUAUAAAUAAAAUAUGUAUUUCUUCUAGAAAAAUUCCAGUCUUUAUUUUGUGGUAUUUUUCAAACCAGAAAAUGGGUGAUUUUAUGUGCAGCCUAGCGUUUUGUUUGUUUGUUUUG